UCAAGAAAGCACCACAGAUUAGUAAUCCUGCAGGGUUUCCUCGGAGCUAUGCAGUGAAGAUGUGUGCAGCCAGGUUCAGCGGCUGCCUCAAUGGCUGUGCUGAGGAAGCUGCCGGUGGUGCUGCCGGUCCACUCAUGGCCUGCAGGAUGCUGGACUGGACAGAGGCAGGUCCCCGCAUCCUCCACAGCCUGGAGAUGGGCACAGUGAUGACCAUCUUCUACCAGAAGAAGUCCCAGCGGCCCGAGAGGAGAACGUUCCAGAUAAGGCAUGACAUGAAACAGAUAGUGUGGAGCAGAAACCCGGAGAAAGUAGAAGGAGAGAUCGACAUUCGGGAGAUCCGGGAGCUGCGGUUGGGGAAGGGCUCCCGUGAUUUUGAGCGCUACCCGGAGGAGGCUCGUAAACUGGACUCCGCCCACUGCUUCAUCGUGCUCUACGGCCUGGAGUUCCGCCUGCGGACGCUCAGUGUGGCUGCCUUCAGUGAGGAAGAGGUCAACAUGUGGAUCACUGGACUCAACUGGCUGAUGAUGGACACCCAGAGAGCUCCAGCACCGCAGCAGACAGACAGAUGGCUGAGGAAACAGUUUGAAGUCAUGGACAGGAACCACGAGGGCAGCAUUACAGUGAAGGAUGUAAAAGCUCUGCUGCCUCAGAUCAACUACAGAGUUCCCAACACACGCUUUCUCAAAGACAAGCUGCAGGAGGUGGAGGCCAGGAACGACCUGUCACACCCCAACUUUGCACAGCUCUACAGAACGCUGAUGUUCGAUGCACAGAGGAGUAUUAUUGAGCAGCUGGAGCUCUCCUUUCCUCUGCGAAAUGUUGACAGACCAGAGCUUUGUCAGAUCUCCCUCUAUGACUUCCAGAAGUUUUUACAGAUGGACCAAAAGGAGUCCUGGGCAUCAGAUCUGAGUCGUGUCAGAGAGUUUCUCAUGGGCUACAUGAGGGGAGGACCGCAGCCGGAGCCGAUGCUACAACUGGAUGAGUUCCUGACUUUCCUGUUCUCCAAAGAGAAUUCUGUGUGUGAUCCUCGACUUUUACCCGUUGUUCCUGAUGACAUGAAAAGACCGCUGUCUCAGUACUGGAUUUCCUCCUCACACAACACCUACCUGACGGGUGACCAGUUUUCCAGUGAAUCAUCUCUAGAAGCCUACGCUCGCUGUCUGAGGAUGGGCUGCCGCUGCAUUGAACUGGACUGCUGGGAUGGACCUGACGACCUGCCAAUCAUCUAUCAUGGCCACACCUUAACCUCCAAGAUCAAAUUCCUGGAUGUGCUGCACACCAUCAAAGAACAUGCCUUUGUCACAUCUGAGUAUCCUGUUAUCUUGUCCAUUGAGGACCACUGCAGUGUGGUCCAACAGAGGAACAUGGCCACACACUUUAAGAAGGUGUUUGGAGAUCUGCUGCUUACCAAACCAGUCGACAACAACGCAGAGGAGCUGCCUUCACCAUACCAGCUCCGCAGGAAGAUCCUCAUCAAGCACAAGAAGCUGGUGGAAGGAACCCUGUAUGAAGAGGUGACGUCAGCCAGCUACUCUGAAAACGACAUCAGCAACUCGCUGAAGAACGGCAUCCUUUACCUCGAAGACCCCAUCGACCAUACAUGGACGCCUCACUAUUUUGUCCUGACCAGUAAUAAGAUUUACUACUCAGAGGAGACAUCUCACUACCAGACAGCUGAUGAAGAGGAGGAAGAUGAAGGAAAAGAGGAGUGCAACAACAACGAGCAGCACUGUGCGGAGCGCUGGUUCCACGGGAAGCUGGGAGGAGGUCGUGAUGGUCGGCAGGUGGCUGAGAAGCUCCUGCAGGAGUACUGUGAGGGCGGGGCUAAAGACGGCACCUUUCUGGUUCGGGAGAGUGAGACUUUUGUUGGAGACUACACCCUCUCCUUCUGGCGCUCUGGUCGAGUCCAGCACUGUAGGAUUCAUUCACGCCAGGAGUCUGGCUCCACCCGCUUCUACCUGAAUGACAACCUGGUGUUUGACAGCCUCUACCGCCUCAUCUGCCACUACAGAGACACGCCGCUCCGCUGCAACGAGUUUGAGAUGAGGCUGGGCAGCCCUGUUCCUCAACCCAACGCACACGAGAGCAGAGAGUGGUAUCACUCCAGUCUGUCCCGUGUUCAGGCUGAACACAUGCUGAUGCGUGUGCCCAGGGACGGAGCUUUCUUGGUGCGCAAACGCAGUGAACACAACUCCUACGCCAUCUCCUUCAGGGCGGAGGGUAAGAUCAAACACUGCCGUAUCCAGCAGGAAGGCCGUCUCUUCAUGUUGGGCAGCUCAGCAGAGUUUGAGAGUCUGGUGGAUCUGGUGAGCUACUACGAGAAACAUCCUCUGUACCGCAAGAUGAGGCUCCGCUACCCCAUCAAUGAAGACACUCUGGACCGGAUGGGCACCACGGAGCUUGACUAUGGGGCGCUGUAUGAGGUCCGCACUCCUCAUUUCUAUGUGGAGGCCAAUAAGAUGCCCACAGCUCGGUGUACGGUCAAAGCUCUGUAUGACUAUCGAGCUCAGAGAGAAGACGAGCUGUGUUUCCCCAAACAGGCGCUCAUCCUCAACGUGGACAAGCAGGAGGGCGGCUGGUGGCGAGGCGACUACGGAGGAAAGAAGCAGCUGUGGUUCCCUGCAAACUACGUGGAGGAGGUGCCCAACUCUCCCACCAGAGAACUGGAUGAAGCGUCCACAGAGAACAGUCCUCUGGGUUCUUUCCUCAAGGGCUUCAUUGACGUACCCACCUGCCAUGUUGUGGUGCAUAAAGACGGGAAGAAUUCGCGGCCCUUUGUGUUCACCAUCCACUCCCAGCACCUCUCCUCUCACCCGGUCCAGACUCUGGAUGUGGCGGCCGACAGUCUGGAGGAUCUCACCAGCUGGGUCAGCAAGAUCAGAGAGGCUGCACAGAACGCCGAUGCUCGGAUGCAGGAGGAGAAACAGAUGGAGAGGAGGAAGAAGAUCGCAGUGGAGCUUUCUGAGCUUGUGGUUUACUGCAGACCUGUUCCCUUCAACGAAGACAAGAUCGGGACGGAGCGAGCGUGUUACCGGGACAUGUCUUCGUUCCCAGAGACGAAGGCAGAGAAGUUUGCGACUCGCAGCCGAGGGAAGCGCUUCCUGCAAUACAACCGCCGUCAGCUUUCCAGAGUUUACCCCAGGGGACAGAGGCUGGACUCAUCCAACUACGACCCGCUGCCCAUGUGGCUCUGUGGCUCCCAGCUGGUCGCACUUAAUUUCCAGACUCCAGAUAAACCCAUGCAGCUAAACCAGGCCUUGUUCAUGCUCGGAGGUGGCAGCGGCUACGUUCCCCAGCCUGACAUCAUGAGGGACGAUGCCUUUGACCCUUUCGACAAGGAUACGCUGCAUGUGGAGCCAAUCACCAUCCAGUUACAGGUGCUGGGAGCUCGUCAUCUGCCUAAAAACGGCCGCAGCAUCGUCUGCCCCUUUGUGGAGGUGGAAAUCUGUGGAGCCGACUACGACAGCUGCAAGUGCAAAACGGACGUCGUGGCUGAUAACGGUCUGAAUCCUGUGUGGGUGCAGAGGCAGUUUGUGUUCGACAUCCACAACCCCACCUUCUCCUUCCUGCGCUUCAUGGUGUACGAGGAGGACAUGUUCAGUGAUCCAAACUUCCUGGCGCAGGCGACCUACCCUGUGCGUCUGCUGCGAACAGGCUACAGGAGUGUACCUCUUAAGAACAGCUACAGCGAGGAGCUGGAUUUGGCAUCACUUCUGGUUCACAUAGAGAUCGUCAAUGCAAAGGAGGAAGACGACGAGAACCUGUACACAUCCAUCCAGCGGCUGCGGGAUCGAACCAGCGAGCUAUCCAACCAGGUUUCUCUCCUGGAGAGGUCAGGCUCAGCAGACAUGAGCUACCAGCAGAGUCUGGAGGAGCUACGAGCGGCUCAGGAUCAGCUGAGCGAGCUGGUGGAGGCUCGCAACCGCAGGCUGAUGGAGAAGAAGAGGAGGGAGAAGCUGAGGCAGCAGGUGGCAGCAAAGCGCAGCUAAUUCUGCCAGAGAGCCUAAACUCACCAUAAACGCUGCCUGACAUGCUGAGCAGUGACAGCCUGACAGAAGCCACAGGCUCUCCAGCAGCGACAUGCAAUCCGUUUGUAACUGGAAAAAAACAACACGUUCCCUCACAGUAAGAUGUGAGAUAUUACAGCACCGUUCUGUGCUGACGGCAGAAUGAAACAGCGACAAACAGAAGCAAAACUAAGCUAUAAAAACAAUCAUGGGCUGAAGGCUGAAACACAUCAUGAGCAAAUUGGAGAAGGGCUACUCCUGAUGUUUCCAUGAGAACAGUACAGGCCGGAGAGGUUAAAAGAUAGAUUUGUGAAUUUCACUAUGAUGAUUAGAGCUGAAAUGACUGGUUUCAUCUGGGGGUUUCUGGUGAUUUGCUGCUUUUCUUUGUGUUGUGACAUUUUAAAUUAAACAUUUUUGACUGUUGGUCAGAAAAACAAUAAUUCAUUGUAUUUUCUACUAUUUUCUGACCGUUCAUAUACCAAACAAUUAGUCAUUAUUUUUGGAAAGUAAUCCGUACAUUAAGUGACAAUUAAAACGAUCAUUAGUUGAUGUAGUAAUCAUGAUGAGUGGCUCUGAUAGAGUUUUAUGCAACUAUCAUAAACAUCCUGCUAGCUAAAUGCAACUACAACAAAAAGUCUAUGUCAUGUUGGCAUUUUCAGCAUAUUCUAUACAUUUUGAAACAAAAUAAGAUUGCGUUCAAGUAGAAAAAAAACCCAUAAUGCACAGAACACACCUAGUUAGGACAAUUCUGUCUCUUCAGCAGUGUUUGAGCUCACGCCUAAGAGAUAGUGGAAGGAAAACAACAAAACUCAAUAAAAAACUGGAAUGAAAUUGAGAACUCCUUAAAUUUGCUCUUAACUGUGUUUCAGGCUUUAGUAAGAAAAACAGGAUUAAAAGGGAGACAAAAACUCAGGUUACACAAACGUAGGAAGGUUAAACAAAAAAAAAAACGCUAUCUGGAUGGAAAAAGGGAGCAGUGGGCACACGUAGCAAAAAGGAAAUAUCCUGUAUGUGCCUUUGUUAUUGUGCAUUUUAGAGUAUAGUUAUUCAUGUGUUUAAAGAAGUUCAAGAAAACUGACUGCUUUCUCUACAACUGGAAUAGUUGCCCUUUAAGGGAAAACUACUAAAAACUGGAGAGGGAAUGUUUGGUUCACACCACUACUCAUGAAAUGGGUUUCAAGUGAUUUAAAGACUGAAGUUUGGUCCUUCUAAUCAAGACUAAGUCUUUUUUUUGGGGGGGAUCUUCACACAAACUCUGCCUCCAGGUGUUGGAGGCUCCUGUCACAGACCUUCCUGUUCUAUGAAGGAGAGCACAAACUGUCAAACGAAUCCUCAUUCAAACCACACUGAGAAGGUUUUUUAAUACUUCUUCUAAGGGCUCUAAAUGUGUCUAUACUACCUUCAGAGGCAUGAGAAUGGCGAGCGAGGGUGGAGAUGAGGAACACUCCCUGGAUGUCACCUGUACUGGGGCUCAGGUGUGUUUAACACACGCAUACGACAAAUAAGGGCUAUCACAGAAAACUAGCAGAGCACUCUUUUUACCUGCCGGCUCAGACGUCAUGCCUCACAACUGAACCACAUGACCAGGAUCAGUUCCCAUCAUCGCUCUAAUCGACAAGAUGUGGCUCAACUGGUCCUGGAUCUGCCAAAAGCAGCUUUAAUUUGUCCCACUGCAUGGCUUCAUGUCUCCCCCACCCACCCCCACCCCGUAGCUACUUCAUCCCCUGUCUAAUUUCUCAUUGUAUAUAACUUCUUUUAUUUAUCAGACAGGCAUAGAUCCCGUUUUUAUGGAUGAAAGAACGUACUACAAGAACAGUAACAGACUUCAGAUUGGAGAUACUGUAACUUUAUAUAGAAAUUAAUAUUGUGUACUGAGCUCCCUUUAAAUGUCCCCAUAGACACCAACCUCUCUCUUUCUCCCUACGCUGCUGUUGCACUGGGUAGGGACCUUCUAUGCAAAGGUCAUCCUGUUGGCCUAUAGCCAUUGUGUAUUAGGCAAACUGACAAACUGAAGUUGUGUUUUCUCUCUGUACCUAUGCUAACUGUCCGGUGUUAUUACUCUGCAUUAUGAAUCCUGUGCAAGUUUCCAGUUAAUAAAGCUCUUUCAUGUA